CUAGGUAUCUUCUUGUCAAACGUCGUUUCAUCAGUGGUGAUCGCGACUAACCAGCGCAUCGCGUCCGAGUUCAACGCCUUGUCUUCUGCGGCGUGGCUGUUGACCAUCUACACACUGGCCCAGUCAGCAAGCCAACCCUUGUAUGGAAAGCUUAGUGAUAUUUAUGGAAGAAAAGCUUGCCUGGUGUUUUGCUGGAUUGUCUUUGGCAUAGGCUGCCUGCUCGUCGCGGUUGGUCAGAGCUACUGGCACCUACUUCUAGGUCGCGCCGUCAGCGGAAUAGGGAGCGCUGGAAAGAUUGCACUGACUUCAAUCAUUGUUGCUGACGUGAUUCCGCUGCCAAAGGUGGCACAGUAUAGAGGUUAUGUGAACUUGACUGCCACAAUAGCUCGGUCUCUUGGAGGACCAAUUGGAGGAUGGCUUGCUGGCGGCGUUGGCUGGCGUUGGCCGUUUCUUAUCCAACUUCCCGUGGCAUUAGCUGGACUCGCGCUUGUGCUUUGGAAACUACCCGAGCCCAAGGAAACAGUCUUUGAAGAAGAUGUGGACUCACAGCCCACUGGGUCCAAGAUAUCACGAGUCGACUUUGCAGGAGCAGCAAUGCUCGUCGCCACUGUUCUCACCGGUCUUUUGUCGCUGGACUUUUGCACCAAGCAUAGCCUAGGACUCGUCGUCUACAGCCUGGUUGGUGCAUUUGUGCUGUCGCUAUCCCUUUUCUGUGUCAUCGAAAAGUACUACGCUAAGGAGCCAAUCUUGCCGCUGGAGCUCAUCUUCAAACGAGAAGUUCUGACGUCGUACUCGAUUGUGUGCUUCCAGGCGGCUGGCCAAUUUGGAUUACUCUACACUAUCCCCAUUUACUUCCAGGUCAUCGGGCGUGAGUCCAUUGCGUCUAGCAGCAGUCGGAUUGUCCCGGUCGUGGUGGGCAAUGCUUUGGGGACAAUCACGAGCCAGCGAAUAAUCACCAAGACACAACAGUAUAAAGGCCUAACAGCUUUUGGAAAUCUUGUCGGCCUAGUCGGGUUUUCUCUGAUCUUUCUCCGUUGGAGAGGCAGUACGCGAUGGUUUGACGCGUUGCUUGUCGCCCUACCCGGUACCGGUAUGGGCGUCAUACAAUCCACGACUUUCGUGCACCUUGCGGCGUCUUUGGACCGGUCUGAGAUCGCUAUUGCCGGAGCAUCAUGGUUUCUUGCGCAGAACAUCGGAGUUUUGAUGGGUGCGAGUAUAUCCACGGCCACGAUCAAUUACGCCCUCAGACAUGGACUUGCAACCUUGCUGCGGGGCGUGGAAGGCCGAGACGAGGUAAGUUGA